AUGAUCGAAUCGGCCAGCGCUGAUACACAGCAAGUUAAAGAAAACGACAUGAUUCUUACGUCAAAAAGGAAUAUUCCAUUGCCAUCAUUCAAAGGGAAAACGGAGAAGUUACUCUUCUGUCAGCAAAAACGUGAAGAAGGGCCGUACCAAUAUGCGAUAGCUGUUGGCCAUGAGGUGACAAUUUCGUCAGGGACGGGUAGAUUGCUUUUGAGACAUGAUGUCUCAUAUGAUAUUAGACAGCUUCUUCAUGUCGUAUUUCCUCCAUCCAAAGGUGAAGAUGAAACGAAUCGCAGUCAAGAGUUCUUUUGCGUUGUUGGAAUAAGAGAUAUGCUAUUUAUAUCUGUGAACGACUCCCAUCCACUUGGAUUCCGUGUGCAAUUUGAUAUCCAUGCCGUAUAUGCGACCAGUUUUGGCCUUCUUGUGGAACGUGAUCUUUCAACGCAAAAGAUUCCACCAGCAGAGGAUCAUGUAGCUUUGUAUUCGCUAUCACAUCCGUUAAAUGAACUAUUGGCAGUUAUAUUCAAACCAAGAGAUUCAUUAACACAGUGGUUAUUCUGUUGGGAGAAGUCAGAGUAUACGAUUGUUGGUACAGAAGAUGACAUCAUGUUGGUUUUUGAUAGAGUGAAUGAAAUACACAGCUUGUUACGAAUACGUAUCACAUCUGAACACGAAGUCCGAUCAGCUGUGGAUCUCCUUGAAAAGCGGAGAACAGAGGUUUUAUCAAGGCAAGCAACGCCAAAUCCUGAGACAUUGAAAACAACACCACUUACAACUCAUCGCUUACAAAAUUCUGGAGCUUCAGUACCAUCAUCACGUCUCCCACCUCGUGCUUCCGCAGCAGCACCUGCUGGAUCACUGAUUCGCUCUGUUCAUACUCGAUCUAUGACCGCUAGAUUGGCGAAUAAACGGUCAUUUCCUCAUCCACCACAUGCACCACCGGCAGACAGUCCAGCGUUGUCGAUUUUCUCACCUAUGUCUCUUGGUGGUCGCUCUGAGUUUGCGAGCACUGUCUUAUCGCAGCCAUACACAACUCUAUACAAAGGAAUCACGCCAAAGAUUCAGGUCUUCAGUCGUGAGUUACAACGCCAACCUGAUUUCGAUCUUUUGUUAGCUGAACUCUGCCUAGAUCACAUCUGGACAGAACCAUCUAGGAGAGAUUCAAGUGGAGAAGUUGCUGACAAGAUAUUCCUGUCACAGAAUGUGCUUUCUCAAAAGUUCGCUAAUUUCUUCAUCCGCUCGCUUGGCCAAUUGCGCUCGAUUCGCGUUGUACAUACUGUCAGCAAUAUAACAACCUCUGGAACGAUGUUAACACUAUCCUGCCGCGACGCAACGGCGCUUAGAGAUGGUGACCUGACAGUUGUUCUGGAACUGGACAAUUCAGUGAGCCUCUACUCUGGGCACGUAAAAUGUGCUGUUGUUGUUAUACCGAGGUUCCCCAUCACACAAUCGAUGUUACUGUACCCAACGGACGACUCUUCCUUUGUUAUAAAAUAUGGAAGCAAACUCACACGUAUCAAACUGCCACCAAUGUUCGUUAAUCCUCUCGCUCGCGACCUUUUUGUUUCCCUCAUGGAUGCAUUGCCUCGGGAAAAAGCCAUGCACCUUAUGCUAGAUUGGAAGACACGUAAUCGAAACUAUGAGAACGACUUGGAGCUCUCUCUUGCCGAACCCCAACUGCACUCGGCUAUUCGUUUCAUACUCGAACAAGCUGGAAUUGUCAUAGAUCAACAUCCUAGAUUACCGUGGCGGAAGAUUCCUCUCAAAAAUGAUAGCUGUGAAAUAGACGCAAAGCAAAGAAGACCGAAAGAAUCUGCAGAAGAGAACUGGAAUCGUUUAGUGAAGUUUCGUGAAAGCACGAAUGAAUUGCGAUUGCUAGGAGCCGAACGAGCUGAAAAAUCUACUGUUGUAGUGGAUAUUACAGUGGAUUCAACUGCUCCACUGCACGGAAACGUGUAUGCCGUAGUGGGCGCAAUCCAUGGAAUGUUCGAGGAAUGGUCAUUAGAUUGUGGAUUGUUCCACAUGAAGUCUCAAAUUGUAUAUUAUCUUCAUGCCGCUACUAGUGUUCUGGGGCUUACCGCAUAUUCGUCUCAAUAUGCUGCUGAGUUCCCUGACUGCAGGAAUUGUUCUUAUCAUGUCCGUCGUGGCGAUGGACUCGCUCUGAACGAAUUUCCAUCACCUUAUGCACAUCCUACGCGAAACUUCUCCGUCGACAAUCCUUUUUCUUUAUGGAAGGCGGUGGCAGGAUUACUGCAGUUUCAUGUGACGCCAACAUUAGCUGGUAGUACCAGUAAAGUAGCGAGGAUGUUGACAGUAUUUGGUGUUGGUUUGGGUGCGGGACGAUUGACUCUGAUGGCCGACGUCCAUCGUUUAUUAGGCAGAAAUUGGGAAAGACGACUGCGUCUGGAACAAGAUCAAAUUGAAAGAGUUGCGCAGAUCAUGUUCAGCAAUACGAAAACACCAGCACAGAAAAGUGUCAGUCUCAUUUCGGAAUUCGGAUUCACCCGAUGGACAAUAGAGCAGCUACCGCCUUCCAUUGGCCUCUUGCUGGGCAGUAUUAUUGUCGGACAACACACAUCCACUGAGUUGUUUCAAUUCAAAAGACCUCAGACGACAACGACUUUUCCACAACCUGAGGAAAUGGCACAAAUUGCCCGCAUUCGAUGGCCAAGGGAUGUGCGACGUGAUAAUGUUCGAUCCAUGUUGGACAGCACGAAGCCAGUUCUGAUUGCAACACAACAUCUCGAUGCCGGCACAGAUGGAGAAAUCCGAGAAGCUCAAGAACAGUUUCUAUCUGCCACAUGGACUCGAUACCUUUGCCAGUCGUUCGGCCGUGCUUUUUUUGAAUUCAGGACCACUCUACCUAACCCAACAGAACCAUUGUACGUCCCGGACUUAUGUUUAUCGGCGCGAAUUUAUCCAUCAAAUCUUACUUACGAUCUCACUGUGACAGAGCCAUUGAAGCAAUUGAAGGAAUGGGGUGAAUUCUACAACGGUACCGCAGCUGGGUUACGCAUAGUCGGUGCUGACGUGACCAAGGUAGACCAUGAGUGGUUAACGUUAUGCCACAGCAAUGAUAAGGUAUUAUUAUUACUCGUGCAAAUUGAAGCUGACAGAGCAUAA